GGGACCCGACAGGCCAGCCUCCUUCCAGAGGGUGCGGAGCCUAAGAGUCACAGAACGGCAACAGCCUCCAAGAGAGGUUACGAUGUGCCCAAAACGCCGUGCCUCGGAGCUGAAGGGCGCCUGUCCACACUGCACGCGGAGAGCUGAAGACUGAGCGAGCCCUCUAGUCGUGGGAAGGAGCGUUCUGAUACUGCGCCUGCGCAAAGCGCCUGCUGCUAGCAGCGGCUGCGAUCCCCCUGCGCAGAGGAAGAGCGGCGUGCGCUUGCGCAGAAAAUUGAAGUCGCUUCGGCAGCAUUGGGGAGCAUGCAUAAACUUAAAUCAGCUCAGAAGGACAAGGUGGCCCAGUUCAUGGCAUGUACGCAGGCUAGCGAGAGGACUGCCAUCUACUGCCUGACACAGAAUGGAUGGAAACUAGACGAGGCCACAGACAGUUUCUUCCAAAACCCGGAGGUGUUCCUCCGAGAGUCUAUGAAGAGCAGUGUGGACCAGAAGAAGCUGGAACAGCUGUACAGCAGGUACAAAGACCCACAGGACGAAAACAAGAUCGGAAUCGAUGGGAUUCAGCAGUUCUGUGAUGACCUGAGCCUGGACCCUGCCAGUAUCAGUGUCUUGGUCAUAGCAUGGAAAUUCAGGGCUGCCACUCAAUGUGAAUUUAGCAAAAAGGAAUUUGUGGAUGGCAUGACAGAGCUGGGGUGUGACAGCACGGAGAGGCUGAAAGCUCUCCUCCCCAAACUAGAACAAGAGCUUAAGGACUCAGCCAGGUUCAAGGACUUUUACCAGUUCACCUUCACCUUCGCUAAGAACCCUGGGCAGAAGGGCUUAGAUUUAGAAAUGGCUGUUGCAUAUUGGAAGUUAGUAUUGUCUGGAAGGUUUAAAUUUUUAGAUCUUUGGAACACAUUUCUGCUGGAGCACCACAAAAGAUCAAUUCCAAGGGAUACUUGGAACCUUCUCCUAGAUUUUGGAAACAUGAUUGCAGAUGAUUUGUCUAACUACGAUGAAGAAGGAGCAUGGCCUGUCCUUAUAGAUGACUUUGUAGAGUAUGCACGGCCAGUAGUCACAGGUGGGAGACGUGGCCCUUUCUAGAUGGAAAAGCCAGCCGGAGAGUAGGAUGGGCGUGUCCUGGAGGAGACAGCUGCGUGGGUUGCUGUGUGCAUUGUUGCUGACCUCAGAGUCUUCCUCGUCCAUUCAUGAAGCAAACCCUUACUCUGCUUAAAGGCUGCAGUGGCUGACGUGCAGGCACGAAGAAGCUCCUCAGGGUGUUAGGGACUUCAGCAGAGCUAUCGCUUAGGGGACGCCUGCAUGACUUGUCUUUACAGAAAGCAACAUAGACCCCGUGUGCAGGGCUGAAAGCAUGCCAUUCAGUUCCUGACCUUAAGGUGAGCACCAGCCGUUUCCAAACCGGAAUCAUGUUAUAAUUAUGCUUCAAAGUAGCGUCCAUGUCCUCAGAAUGAUGUAUCUUUUAUACAAGUCCAGGCUGUUAAACACACACCUCAUGAAGAUGGCCUUGUCAGAGAGCCCACUGCUUUUAAUCUUGGUAUUCAAGAUGGAUAGUUUUGAAUUAUCAGAUCUCUAGAUUUACUAGAUGUUUUGCUUUCCUUUUCUUUAGAAGAUACUGUUGCAGUUUGCACAGGGUAGCACAGGAUACAUGCAGCAGGUUCAUAGCAAACUGUUGACAAGCUGGUGGGCCUGACUCACUUCUAAUGAGGUUAUUACUAUUAGGCCUGGAUGCUGCCUCCUGAAAAGUUUCUUAUUUUUUUAAUAUAUUUUAUAUUUAAAAGGACGUUUUUCCAUGAGAAACACUUCUUUUUGAGUGAUGAAUUAGAUUUACAAAUCAUAUGCACCAGUUCCCGCCACCUGUCUAUGACGUCAUCAGUGCCCAGUGUCCAGCCCUUCGAAAGCCAUAUACAUUUGGAAGCAAACAUAUGUCAUCCCGAAAGAAUCCACACUCAAUGCCUGUCUCGCUUGCCUGCACCUGGGACUGUACCAUGUCACUGUGCCAUGUCACCAUCUGCUUUUCCGGUGUUUAUCUGGUCAACAUGCACUCAUGCACACAGGCACGGAAGGCCUGGAGACUACCUACCUGCUCAUCUGGUGUCAAGCUUCGAACAUCACUGUGCUGACCCUACCUCAUACUUGCCAAGACUUGGUGUCACAAGCGUGCCUUGCUGCCCAGCCUACAUCAUGGCCCUGGAGCAGAUGUGCUGGGCCCACUUCAGGACAGGGGACUGGUCAAUGCCUCUAUACAGAAAGCAUGUCCCAAAUGUGCUGUGGGGCAUGCUCCUGGUGUGAGACGGACAUUGCUAGUGAACAGGAACCUCACGGAGAAGAUAGAGGGUUGGAACUGGAAGCCAGUCUCCACAGAGUCAGCUCUCGGUGCGUGAGAUGACAUCACUAGUGGCCUGUCAAAGGACAGCCGGGACAUCUUUGAGAGUGAACAUAAAACCAAACUGACUUAGUGGAAGCCUGGAAAACAGCCUCCGUCCAGGCUUUGUGGGCUCCUGACUCGUAGUUAACUUCCGUUCAGAGAACUUUAUAGAUACAAGUAACUACAUCUUGAAGGUCUGCAAUACGUUCUUAUUUUUAAGAUUCAACAUUCUUCAGGGAAAGGACCGGCGAUACGAUUCAUCAGGUUAAGGCACGCGCUGCCCAGCCUGACAGCCUGAGUUCAGUCCCUGCGAACCACGUGGUGGAGCGGAGAAGUGACUUCCUCUAGUUGUCCUCUGACCUCCACACAUGUGCCAUGAAAUGCAUGUACUCCCCACACACAUGUACUAACACAGUAAGACAAACAAACAUAAAUAAAUAAAUAACUUUAAAAUGUUAAAUUCUAUGGGAUUGCCAACAGGCUGUGACAUACUAGUAACUGACCAAGGCUUUUCAGAGAAUUGUGCUUUCUGUUCCAUUAUUUACACUUGAAUUGUGCAUGUUGCAGAAAUGCUGAGCACUUCAGAUAGAGUAAAUAAAAUGCUUUCCCUGGUG